UCAGCUGAUAUUGACUAUCCCAGACGAUGACGGCUUUAAAGUUCGUGUGAGCAUGCGUGAGAGGAGCGACUGACAGGAAGGGAAGAAAGAAAACAAAACACACGAUAGUUUUCCAGGCUGGACUGUUAUUAAUAAGAGCCUCACACGGCCUCACUUGAACAGCUCGUAACAGAGAGCGAGGACGCUGUGCAGAGAUGACUAUGGUAUGCCUGACAGACUUUGAGGAGUAUGCAAAGGAGCAUCUCUCAAAAGCCACCUGGGAUUAUUAUGCAGCUGGAGCAGACGAAUGCUGCACCAGGGAUGACAAUCUACUGGCUUACAAAAGGAUCCGCCUGAGGCCUCGUAUCUUGCGAGAUGUGUCAGUGAGUGACACACGGACCACCGUGCAGGGGACAGAAAUCAGCUUUCCAGUUGGUAUCGCACCGACUGCCUUUCACUGCCUGGCCUGGCAUGAAGGCGAGGUGGCCACAGCUCGAGCCACAGAGGCAAUUAACACCUGCUACAUCACCAGCACUUACUCCACCUGUUCAGUGGAGGAGAUUGUGGCAGCAGCACCAAACGGUUACCGCUGGUUCCAACUGUACGUGUACCGGGACCGGAAGCUUUCGGAGCAGAUUGUACACCGAGUAGAGGCACUGGGCUACAAGGCCCUGGUCCUCACCGUGGAUGUCCCCUACACCGGAAAGCGCCGCGACGACAUCCGCAACCAGUUCAAGCUUCCGCCACACCUCAAGGUCAAGAACUUUGAUGGAGUGUUCCAGCAGGAGACGAGCGUCUCGGAGGAGUAUGGGAUACCGCCCAACACCUUGGACCCUUCCAUCAGCUGGAAGGACGUGUACUGGCUGCAGUCGAUCACCCGUCUGCCUAUUAUCAUCAAGGGGAUCCUGACCAAGGAGGAUGCUGAGUUGGCCGUGGAACACGGCGUCCAGGGCAUCAUUGUGUCAAACCAUGGGGGGAGACAGCUGGACGGAGGCCCAGCCUCGAUUGACGCACUGUCAGAGAUCGUGGACACGGUGCAGGGCAGGAUCGAGGUCUACCUGGACGGAGGAAUCAGAACAGGAAGUGAUGUACUGAAGUCACUGGCCUUGGGCGCCAAAUGUGUUUUCAUUGGCCGCCCAGCAGUGUGGGGCCUUGCAUACAAGGGAGAGGAAGGAGUGAGGGAAGUGCUACAAAUCCUUAAUGAUGAGUUCCGUCUGUCCAUGGCUUUAUCAGGUUGCAGAAACGUGGCAGAAAUCAACAGGAACCUCAUUCAGCUCUCUAAACUCUAAGAGACCAGCAGAGGGCAGCACUGACAGCAGCCACUGACCCGAACUCAGUACUGAGUCAAACCAACUCAAGAGCCUGAGACUCCACCAUGACGAAGAUACUGAAAGAGCUCAGAGCUUGUGACUUUGUCAUGUCAGGAAACAUGAAACAUGAGAGCAGCUUCCAUGACUUUGAAAUAACUGGUAUUCAGUAUGUAUUCACAAGAGAGCAGGGGUGAGGCAGCGUUUUGGGAGAGCUGAGGGUGGCGGCAGAUUGAGCAAGUGAUUAAUGAAAGUGUUUUUGCUUUUGGUUUUGAGGGCAUGCAGGCAUUUUUUUAUGAAACCAACUAUCUUCCUUUGGUUUAAUUUGAAAAAAUGUAACUGAGAGAUGGUGCCAGUGUUUGUGGUUCAAUAAAUGACCGCUGAGGUGACAAAGA